UUUUUAUAUAUCCUAUACUCUAUUUUAUAUAUCAUUCUAUAUAUCUUAUACUCGAUAUAUAAUAUAGGGUAUAUGAAAACAAACAAAUACACAGAUGAAUCACAUGUCUCACAUUUCAUUCUAGUAUCGAAUAUGAAAUAAAUAAUGUCUCAAUUAGAUUUUUAAAUGAAGUAACAGAAUCUUCUUCAUUUUAGGUCUCAAAUUUUUGAUGUGAAAGUGUACCAAUUCUUUUCUAUUCCCAUCUAAAUCCAGUUUGAAAUUGGAUUGAUUGAUUUGAAUUCUCAAAAUGAAGCGUUUAUAAAAAAAUUCGAAUUCGAUUAUUGUAUAUAAAAAAUUACAAUGAAUAGGAUUAUUAUUACUGAUCGGUAAAAUCCAUAUUUGUAAAAAGAGAAAGAGGAAUUUUUUGAUGGUAAAAAAUUCAUUCAUUUCGGUUAUUUCUCAAAAAGAAACGGAAGAAAAGAGAGGGUCUGUUGAAUCUCAAGUAUUCAGUUUCACCACUAAGAUAAGUAAACUCACUUCACAUUUGGAAUUGCACAAAAAAGACUCUUCAUCUCAGAGAGGUUUGCGAAAGAUUUUGGGAAAACGUCAACGACUGCUAGCCUAUUUGUCAAAAAAGAAUAGAGUACGCUAUAAAGAAUUAAUUAGUGAGUUAAAUAUUCGAGAGAGAAAAAUUCGUUAAUCUGAAGCAUGAUGCCAUUUCAGCUUAGUUGUUUACAUUUGUAUGAACUUAUUUUUCAUUUCAGCAAUACAUGGAAGAAUCACUCGGGAACAAACUUAUGAUUUCGCCAACUCCAAGAAAGGACCUCAUGAUAGUCAAUAUGGGACCUCACCACCCAUCAAUGCAUGGUGUUCUUCGACUGAUCGUUACUCUCGAUGGUGAAGAUGUUAUUGACUGUGAACCAAUAUUGGGUUAUUUACAUAGAGGAAUGGAGAAGAUUGCGGAAAAUCGAACAAUUAUACAAUAUUUGCCUUAUGUAACACGUUGGGAUUAUUUAGCUACUAUGUUCACAGAAGCAAUAACCGUAAAUGGACCCGAGCAGCUAGGAAAUAUUCAAGUACCUAAAAGAGCUAGCUAUAUCAGAGCUAUUAUGUUGGAAUUGAGUCGUAUCGCUUCCCAUUUGUUAUGGCUCGGCCCUUUUCUGGCAGAUAUUGGGGCACAGACCCCUUUCUUCUAUAUUUUUAGAGAACGAGAAUUGAUAUAUGACCUCUUCGAGGCUGCUACCGGUAUGCGUAUGAUGCAUAAUUUUUUUCGUAUCGGAGGAGUCGCUGCUGAUCUACCUUAUGGCUGGAUAGAUAAAUGUUUGGAUUUUUGUGAUUAUUUUUUAACCGGGGUUGCUGAAUAUCAAAAUCUUAUUACACGGAAUCCAAUUUUUUUAGAACGAGUUGAAAGCAUAGGCAUUAUUGGUGCAGAAGAAGCACUAAAUUGGGGUUUAUCAGGACCAAUGUUACGAGCUUCCGGGAUACAAUGGGAUCUUCGUAAAGUGGAUCGCUAUGAAUGUUAUGACGAAUUUGAUUGGGAGAUUCAAUGGCAAAAAGAAGGCGAUUCAUUAGCUCGAUAUUUAGUACGAAUUAGUGAAAUGACAGAAUCCAUAAAAAUUAUACAACAGGCCCUGGAAGGAAUCCCGGGGGGACCGUAUGAAAAUUUAGAAAUCCGGCGCUUUGAUAGGAUAAAAGAUCCUGAAUGGAAUGAUUUUGAAUAUCGAUUUAUUAGUAAAAAAACUUCUCCAACUUUUGAGUUGUCCAAACAAGAACUUUAUGUAAGAGUCGAAGCCCCAAAAGGAGAGUUGGGGAUUUUUCUGAUAGGAGAUCAGAGUGUUUUUCCUUGGAGAUGGAAAAUUCGACCUCCGGGUUUUAUCAACUUGCAAAUUCUCCCUCAAUUAGUUAAAAGGAUGAAAUUGGCUGAUAUUAUGACGAUACUAGGUAGCAUAGAUAUCAUUAUGGGAGAAGUUGAUCGUUGAAAUGAUAAUUGAUACAACAGAAAUAGAAGCUAUCUAUUCUUUUUCCAAAUUUGAAUCCUUAAAAGAAGGAUAUGAAAUUAUAUGGAUGCUUGUUCCUAUUUUCACUCUUGUGUUAGGAAUCACACUGGGUGUACUAGUAAUUGUUUGGUUAGAAAGAGAAAUAUCUGCGGGAAUACAACAACGUAUUGGACCCGAAUACGCCGGACCUUUGGGAAUUCUUCAAGCUCUAGCAGACGGUACAAAACUCCUUUUUAAGGAGAAUCUUCUUCCAUCUCGGGGAGAUACUCGUUUAUUUAGUAUGGGACCAGGUAUAGCAGUCAUAUCCAUUUUACUAAGUUAUUUAGUAAUUCCUUUUAGCUAUCAUUUUAUUCUAACUGAUCUUAGUAUUGGUGUUUUUUUAUGGAUCGCCGUUUCAAGUCUUGCUCCUGUUGGACUUCUAAUGUCGGGGUAUGGAUCAAAUAAUAAAUAUUCUUUUUUAGGUGGGUUAAGGGCUGCUGCUCAAUCAAUUAGUUAUGAAAUACCAUUAACUCUAUGUGUAUUAUCAAUAUCUCUACGUGCGAUUCGCUGAAACAUAAAAAUUCCCUUAUUUCGUUUCUUUCUGACAAGAAAAUUAAAUGAGUUGAAUAUCCAUUUUUUUUUUAUUCAUCAUUAUCAUUAGGGUGGAUGAACUAAACCAGAUAGUUAUAUGAGUGAAAUAAAACAGCUUCAAAUUUUGCUGUUAAAUAAAUUCAAUCCCAUUUCCUAUGUACAAGAAUUAAGUGAAAGCAAACAUAAGCGGCCUACACUGUUUAAUCCAAGAUUGGUUGAUUAGUCACCAUAGCUUGAAGUGGGUUCAAAAGAUCAACUGUAUGGGAUUUUCUCUUACGAUAGAUAUAUUACCAACUAAAAAAAUGAGUGGAUGGUUAGGAAGACCAAGAUACACAAAGGAUUAGUAAUGGAGAUUCUAUAAAUUAUCCAACCGGAUAUUUCUUUUUCUUUAUAGAAAAGUAAUUCAAAUUGGGGCUUUUAGUUGGUAGAAAUUAUUAAGAAGUACUCCUCAAGAUUUCGAUCCAGAGUAUGUUCCUAUCCGCUGAUUAAGUAAAUAACUAUCAAGAACGAAGGAAUCUUUUACUUUUCAGUAAUGUCCCUAAGAAAGUAGAAUAGGAACGAAAUAAAAUCAAAAUAUGUAAUGUAAUAUCGAAUUUUUUUUCGUAAUAAAAAGUGAUAACUUGAAAUAUCUAAGUGUUAUUUCUCUAAAAAGUCAACUCUUUUUUAAUUCAAGGAUAAAGUUAUUAAGCAAUAAAGAAAAAUGAAAAUUCGGAAAAGAUGAGAUUAAUUCAGAAGCACUAUUUUAUUAGCAGACAGAAUUCCAUUGGUCUAAUUCUAGGCUUUAGGAUAAGAGUUUGACUCUUUAUCAAUCCUACACAAACAUAUCAAGAUAAAUGAAAAGUCCUUCGGUUUAUUUGUGAUCUAUGAGGAGCCGUAUGAGAUGAAAAUCUCAUGUACGGUUCUGUAAUAGCGAUGGGAACAGUGAUGUUAUCAUCGACUAUGAUUAUCUAACAGUUCAAGUACAGUUGAUAUAGUUGAAGUGCAGUCAAAAUAUGGUUUUUGGGGAUGGAAUUUAUGGCGUCAACCUAUAGGGUUUAUCAUUUUUCUAAUUUCUUCUCUAGCCGAGUGUGAGAGAUUGCCUUUUGAUUUACCAGAAGCAGAAGAAGAAUUAGUAGCAGGUUAUCAAACCGAAUACUCAGGUAUCAAAUUUGGUUUAUUUUAUGUUGCUUCGUACCUAAAUGUACUCGUUUCUUCAUUAUUUUUAACAGUCCUUUACUUGGGAGGUUGGAAUCUUUCUAUCCCAUACAUAUUCGUUACUGAACUUUUUGACAUAAAAAAAAGAAGUCAAGUUUUUGGAACAAUAAUCGGUAUCUUUAUUACACUAGCUAAAACUUAUUUCUUCUUGUUCAUUUCUAUUGCAACAAGAUGGACUUUACCGAGAUUGAGAAUGGACCAACUAUUAAAUCUUGGAUGGAAAUUUCUUUUACCUAUAUCUCUAGGCAAUUUAUUAUUAACAACUUCGUCUCAACUUCUUUCACUGUAAAGGAAUAAAAUAUUCGAUUUUCACAACUUGUCACAAACAAGAGAAAGAAACAAGUCAAAUUAUUUAUAGAUAUUCCGGUAUGUUCCCUAUACUGAGUCAGUUCUUGAAUUCUGGUCAACAAACAAUCCGAGCCGCGAGGUACAUUGGUCAAGGUUUCAUGAUUACCUUGUCCCACGCAAAUCGUUUACCUGUAACUAUUCAAUAUCCCUACGAAAAAUUGAUCACAUCAGACCGUUUCCGGGGCCGAAUUCACUUUGAAUUUGAUAAAUGCAUUGCUUGUGAGGUAUGUGUUCGUGUAUGUCCUAUAGAUCUACCUGUUGUAGAUUGGAAAUUGGAAAUUAAUAUUCGAAAGAAACGAUUGCUUAAUUACAGUAUUGAUUUUGGAAUCUGUAUAUUUUGUGGUAAUUGCGUUGAAUAUUGUCCAACAAAUUGUUUAUCGAUGACUGAAGAAUAUGAACUUUCUACUUAUGAUCGUCACGAAUUGAAUUAUAAUCAAAUUGCUCUAGGUCGGUUACCGGUGUCAAUAAUUGACGAUUACACAAUUCGAACAAUUUCUUCGAAUUCACCUCAAAUAAAAAAUGUAUAAAAUUCUUGAUUCAAAAACCAUUUACAAAUUCAAAAUCAAAAUAGCUUUUUGACCUAAAGGAAUGAGGUUUUGGUUUGGUCAAUUGGUCAAGAAGGGUUGGUUCGCGAGAAUCCUGGCUUCGUUUUGAUUGAAAAUCGAUUUCUAUUCGAAUAAUGAUUUCAAAAUGGAUAGUUUCAACUUCUGCUUUUAAGAAUAAGCAUAGCCCCAUAACUGUAUUUCUAUCAAUCCACACCACCCCCCCAUUGAAAUUUCAUUCAAUUAAGAAAUAUCCUGUAGUUUUAGGAUAACUUCGUUUUCCUGGUCAAGUCGACAAGGGCAUGAAAUUAUUUGAUUUUUUAUAGAAAAAAUGGAUUUACCUGGACCAAUACAUGAUUUUCUUUUAGUCUUUCUGGGAUCGGGUCUUAUAUUAGGAAGUUUGGCAGUAGUAUUAUUUCCGAAUCCGAUUUAUUCGGCUUUUUCAUUGGGAUUGGUUCUUUUUUGUAUAUCCUUAUUCUAUAUUCUAUCGAACUCGUAUUUUGUAGCUGCUGCGCAGCUCCUUAUUUAUGUGGGAGCUAUCAAUGUUUUAAUCAUUUUUGCUGUAAUGUUUAUGAAUGGUUCAGAAUAUUCCAAAGAUUUUUAUCUUUGGACCGUUGGGGAUCGAGUUACUUCAAUGGUUUGUACAAGUCUUUUUAUUUCACUAAUCAGUACUAUCCUAGAUACGUCCUGGUAUGGGAUCCUUUGGACUACAAAAUCAAAUCAGAUUCUAGAACAAGAUUUGAUAAAUAAGAGUCAACAAAUUGGAAUUCAUUUAUCAACGGAUUUUUUUCUUCCGUUUGAAUUCAUUUCAAUAAUUCUUUUAAUUGCUUUAAUAGGUGCAAUUGCUAUAGCUCGUCAAUAAUAAAUCUUUCAAACGAGUAAUUGAAAUGAAAAUAGAAUUAACAGAAAAGGAGUUGGUUAAUGAUGCUCGAACAUAUACUUGUUUUGAGUGCUUAUUUAUUUUCUAUUGGUGUCUAUGGAUUGAUCACAAGUCGAAAUAUGGUUAGAGCCCUUAUGUGUCUUGAACUUAUAUUAAAUUCAGUUAAUAUCAAUUUUGUAACAUUUUCUGAUAUUUUUGAUAGUCGUCAAUUAAGAGGAAACAUUUUCUCAAUUUUUGUUAUAGCUAUUGCAGCCGCUGAAGCAGCCAUUGGAUCGGCUAUUGUUUCAUCAAUUUAUCGUAACAGAAAAUCAACUCGUAUUAACCAAUCCAAUUUUAUGAAUAAAUAGUAUUUCAUAUAAAUAGAA